AUGGCACAAUAUUUCCAGUCUGAAUUCUACCAACAAUCACCAUCAACGUUAGACGUGACCCCGGAAGACGACGAGAUGAGCGUGUUGGAUGACAGGAUCCUUGAUCCGAAUUCCGAAGACCACCCCGACAACCGCCGCACCUCCUACGACGCCCCAGAUGCCUACUCACAUCGGGAUUCCGUCUGGUCCAAUUACUCAAAUACCAGCAGCCAGUCUCAGUCAAAUUCCAAUUCCAAUUCGCAUUCGCAACUCGGGCAUACCAUGAUGAACUCGGGUGCCUCGUUCAUGCCAAUUGACGGCCCGCAACCAUCUUCCUACCAGCAAAGUUGCUCGCAGGCAGCGUGGCCCAUGCCGCGUACGGAUUCAGGCUCAUGUACCCCGACCGUGGGCUAUGAUCAGUAUGCUUCCAAUGGAGACCAGGGUGCCGUCGGUCCUUUCUCCGGUGGUGCGGUUGGACCCGUUUGCACGAUGCCCAUGAACCCCAUGUCGUACCGUGGAGGUAUGCCAUUUGCGGCUUCUGGCAGCGUCGUCAUGUCACCGCAAUCCAGCCAGGGCUGGAUGCCGGCGCCAAUGGAUCUGGCCGAGGCGGAGUUGCAAGCGAGAAAGAGCCCGGAUUACCGGAUGGCCAUACCGUUGCGGCGAGGAGAUGGGAUUCGGAAGAGGAAUUCCCGCAUUGAAAUCUCCGCCGAACUCACCUUGGCCAACAUCGACGACGCGAUCCGGAACUGCGUGGACGAGGAGAAGAAGAAGGACCUCAAGUCGAUCAAACGACUGCUGCGGAAUCGUGAUGCAGCCCUGCAAUCCCGUCAACGCAAGAAGAAGGAAGCCGAGGGUAAUAUCGAAAAGCUCAAGGUGAAGGACGAAAUUAUCGCGGAACAGGCUAAAAAGCUCGCGCAACUGGAGGAGAAAAUCCAGAACAUGCAAAGCGCAAUGAAGAACCAGGAUUACGAGAAUCACCAAUUGACUGCCUACAACAGGCAGUUGACCGAGCACAUCCAACGCCAGGACAUGGAGAAAGAUGAAACUAUUCUCAGGCACACGCGGGAGACCGCCAACCUGUUGAAGAGGAACAACAUGCUGGAGGAGAGAAACAAACAGCUGGAGCGCAGCGUCAAGCCCGUCCAAGAAAUCAUGACCGGUGAAUUCACCGGCUUCGAGAACCCGACCAUGGAAAACCACUCAUGGGAUGACUUCUCGACGGUCACGGGACCUCUCCUGCAAUCAGACUGUGUCCAAACUCCCCAUGCUCAGGUCAAGGUCCCGGAGAAAUCCAACAAUGGAUCAGACCUGCCGAUCAGCUGGAACGCCUUCUACAUGUUCCUGCUUGUCGGUGCCUUCUUCGCCUCAAACAAUACGUCCCUCCCGGGAAACUCCCUGCCCCAACUCUCCGAGGAGUACCGGGCGGAGUCAGCCAAUGUGCUGAAAGCAGUGUUAGCCUCGUCGUCUGGCCACGAGCUAACUAACUCUCAUUCCAACCAUGGAACAGCAACCGGACCCGCGCCGGCAACUAUCAGUGGCAUGGAGAUGGCGCAGAUGAGCUCUGCGCAACCCGUGCCCUCAAGUCUCGACCAGUUGCAUAACACGCUCGUCAUGCCGACAGAGCAGCAACAGCGCGAUCAGGUGUUCUCGAUGAACGCUGACCAUUACAACUCCCUGACAACGUUUGAGAAUGACAACGGAAACUUCAAGCCCCAGCAGCCAUCUACCCUGCAGCAGGCGUUUGCUGCGAUGCGGGAUACCGCCGCGCAGCAGAGUCGUAUUCAUUCCGCAUUGUCGUCGAAUGUGUAUUCUAGAUCUUUGAUGUGGGACCGCGUGCCUGAAAAGGUUGUGCGGGACUUCCGUCGCAUGGUCCAAGGUCACGGUUAUGAUAACCCCGUCAAGGAGGAGGGUAUUUUCCACUCCUGA